AUGUCUGGGCGUACGGCUGGCCGUCGGGCCGGUCGAGACAAUACCAAGGAUAACCAACACGACUUUGAGUUAGAGAUCCUGAACAACGUGCUCGAAUCCAUUCGCAAAGCCAAGGAACUUAACGAUGCCUCGGCUCGUCUUGGUCAGGAGAUUCUUGUCCUGGAGGAGGAGAUGCGGAACUCGUCCCCAUCCGCGACACCAGACCAACACCGUAAGCUGGAUGAGUUGUAUAGGAAGAAACUACGAAAUGCAGAGGCGGAGAGGAAGGUACACGAGGAAGAGGAUAUAGCGAGCAAGAUUGCGAUCUUGGCGACAAUGAGGGGAAAUGAUGAGCCAGUCUUGAUAAGUAGAGGGGCUGGAGGAGGGAAGGCCUCAAGGACCAAGCAGCAACAGCAGCAGCAUCAACAAGAGAAACAGCAACAGCAACAGCAACAUAGACCUAUCAUCGAGUCAGAUGUCUCAGUAGACGGAAGUGGAGGUGUGAGCCCAGCAGAAACCACAGCAAGCACAUCAAAUAUCCGAGUCGACGUCUUGAAACGCAAACAGUCAGGCUACGGCCCUCGAGGCUCAACACCAUCAUCAGGACCAGGUCGACCCACGACCACAUCCUCCACAGCAAAAGAAGCACUCAGCAGUACCCGUGACGCUCCUAAAGACACAUCCACGUCAUCAUCAACCACAGACAGCAGUGACCAGCCUCUUCAUCGUGGAGUCCUGGCGGAGAAGAAUAACGACCUCAAAAUCGGCACUGAAGUCUUCUACAAAUACUCCAAAUCCGUGGCCGACGAUGUGGGCGUUGGGAUUCAGUGCAUCAUCAAAAAAGUCCACUCCGAUCGACGGCCUAUAAUCUACGACGUGCAAGACCCCGAACCUGAUCCUUCGGGGAAACAGAGUGUUCACCGAGCCACAGCGAAAGAUCUAUAUCCGAUACCGAGCUCGAGUUCAUUGGGAAGUGAUGCCAAGGGAGUGACGUUUGCGCCAGGAGCGACAGUGUAUGCGAGGUAUCCGGACACGGAUACUUUCUACCGGGCGAAGGUGGUGAGAGGGUUGAAAGGGGGCGAGUACACAUUGAGGUUCGAAGGGGAGGAGGAUGACACGGAGAAGGGAGUGGAGAGGAGAUUUGUCUUGGAUACUCGGAUGCGAUAG